CUUUAAUUUACUUGUAUGUGUUAUAAAGGUAAUAAGGUGAUUACUAUUUAUUAUUAAUAAUAUAAUUAUUAAUAAUGAUAAAGAGUUGAUGAACAUACAUUUCCAUUUUGUGAGCUAGAGAGCGAGAAGAUAUCAAGGAUAAUCAUUAAUAAUAUUAUCCAAAAGUUGAUUCGCGCAGCGAGAGAAGCUAUCCAAAAUUGCAAAAAAUCAAUCUCGUGUUUAUGCACGUCGAUUGUUUUCAUUGUUACAAGUAUAAUGGCUGCGCUCGAAUGAAACACGAAUCUUUAUCUUCUUCCCUUCGCACACCAAGCGCAAGCUGGUCCCAGGCUUGUCCAAAAUUCUAGUGCUCGCAAUCGUCUCUCUUUCUUUCUCCUUUUCUCAAAUGCUCGAACAGAUCCGCUUUGGACGCAUCGAUGUAGCAGCAAGAUACGAAGUGCUCGGUGCCGCUUCAGGACAGAAAUUGCGUCAACGAAACUUGUUACUGUCAAUAGCCGAAGAACAGUACAUGAAGAAACGAGACUAGAGCGUCGAGAAAUUUUCUCGGUGAAUUUUAGUGAAGAAUUUGUUUUACCGUGGAUAUAUAUCUAUACAAGACGCAGGAAGACGCUCUCUCAAAUCAAUUAUUUCGAGAGAACGAGGAGAAAUCAGUGAUGAAGGAUCGAUGAAGAAUCACUUGGCAUGGCCACGCGACUCGGCACCCGAAACUCGGAGGUGAACGCUCUCGAGCAGCGGGGCUAUCUCAUCGGCAAAAAAAUCGGACAGGGUUGUUACGCGACUGUCCACUUGGCAGAAUACAUCGAUGGCACGAAUUCCAAGAAGAUGCGUCUGGCCUGUAAGAUCUUUGACAAGGAGAAAGCGCCGCACGACUUUUUGGACAAGUUUUUUCCCCGCGAGCUCGAGAUUUUAACAAAAAUAGAAAAUCCGCAUAUUAUUCAAGUGCACAGUAUCCUGCAGCGUGGCCCGCGCGUCUUCAUCUUCAUGCGCUACGCCGAUAACGGCGAUCUGCUGGAUUUCGUGACGAACAACGGCGUAGUGCCGGAACAGCAGUCGCGGCUAUGGUUUCGUCAAAUGUCGUCCGGCUUGCAUUAUCUACACAGCAAGAACAUCGCUCAUCGUGAUCUCAAGUGCGAGAACAUAUUACUCUCGCGCAAGUUCAAUGUGAAACUGGCAGACUUCGGUUUUGCCAGGUUUUGCGUGGACCACGAAGGCAGGCGGGUCCUCAGCCACACUUACUGUGGCUCGGCUGCGUACGCCGCGCCGGAGAUCGUCGCCGGCACCCCGUAUAAUCCUAAAUUGGCGGACGUGUGGUCGCUCGGUAUCAUCCUCUUCAUCAUGCUCAAUGCCAGGAUGCCGUUCGAUGAUGCGAACCUACGGAAACUUCUCAAAGAUCAAAUGUCACGCAACUGGAUAUUUAGAUCGCGCGUUCGCGACACCGUAUCCAUGCUAGCCAAGAACAUUGUCCGGCAGAUCCUCGAGCCAGAUAUCACUCUUAGGCUGACUCUCGAGAGAGUGCUAAGUCACGAGUGGAUGAGAGCGAGAAAGGAGAGAACGAGUUCACUGGCCGGAAGGCUUGUCCAUUCAGCGCCACCGAGUCAUACUCCGAUGUGUGGAGGUGGUAACCUGAGUGGAUCAGGUGCAAGAACCGGGAAUGUACCUGUCACAACGAGGGCACACUCUUUAAAGAAAGAUUCGGAAAAUCAGAAUCAACCGUCCUCAAAGAUGAUAAAUAUAUCAGGAAAAGAUCCACAAAUGUCCAUUACUGUUGGAUAAGACAAGGAUUUGUCAAUACUAAGAAAUACACAAUUAAAAAAAACAUGAGAUUAACAGGAGAUAUAAAUUAAUAAUUUUUCAAAUUCAAAUUUUUGAAGAUACUUACACUAGUCUUUAUACUAGUAUUUUUUCAAUUUCUCAUUGCUCCUAUGAUCAAUGCAAACUUACACAAAUGUUGAUAAUGUAUUGUAUUACUUAA